GGACCACUGGAUCAGGGCCCGCCCUUUUAUUCUGGGGGGGGGUUUAGAAUAAUUCCAAAAGGAUAUGGGCCCAUGGCCUGUUUUUCUUGAGAUAUUGACUUUUCAAAUUUCGGGGUAAUACAGCAAUUUUUAUUGUGUAUCACUAUAUCGUAUUACAAAUGAAAACGUGCUGCAAGCUAAAAAUUUGUUCAUAAAGUCAUCUUAUUGUCGGCAUAUUAAUAUGAAGUUUCAGACGAUUAAAUUCAUCUUUAUACGGCAUGAUAAUUUUUUCGUCAAUCAAAAUACAUUAUAGAUAUAUCAGCUCGAUGAUGAGAGAUAAGAAGAAAUGUGUAUUGCUUACAAUUUAGCACGUUUUAUUAUAGUGUCUGAUAGAGGUAGCGUUAUCGUAGCACACAGAAGCAUAUUGUGCUACACGUGAUUCGAACGAGCACCCGUGGUAUAAUAUUUCGUUUCUCGCUUCAUCCUAUAAUCAGAAGAAUGAUUAGUCCUACGGAAAGUGCGAAACUGCUGCUCGAUCGUGUGACUGAAAACGAAGAGGCACAUCGUCGACGAUCAAGAAUAAAUCCACGCGAGGAAGAAAUCAUCGGUUCCUUAUUGGAAGUAAUCGAUAAUGUUUGCAACUGCACAUCGUAUGAAAUCGAAUCAGAUAUGAGCCUUGAUCACGAUGAUAAUGAAGAAUUUGGCGAUUUCGAAGAUGAAAAUGCUGAUUCUGAAAAUGAAGAUGUUGAUUCCAGUUUCGAUUAG